AUUUUUUUCUCCACUCCUCCUUCAAUUUCUCUGAACAGGCUCAUUUUGCUUCAGCACUGACAGUAGUUUUUGUAAACUCCAAGUCAUUAUCAUCAAUCAAGAUGGAUGACACACCGCUUGAUGAUCCUUCCUUGAAGGUUCUUGUUGCUAACAACAGUGAUACUCUAAAACUACUGAAAAUGAGCAGCUGUCCUCAUGUAUCACCUGCUGGAAUCCUUUGUGUUGCCGACCAGUGUCAUGGACUUAAGGAGCUGGCUUUGAACUACUACAUAUUAAGUGAUGAACUGCUGCUGGCUCUUUCAAGUGAAAAACAUGUUGAUCUUGAACACCUUCGCAUAGAUGUUGUGAGUGAAAAUCCCGGACAAGUUGAAUUUCACACUAUUAAAAAGCAAAGCUGGGAUGCUCUUGUUAAACAUUCCCCCAAAGUCAACAUUGUGAUGUAUUUCUUCUUAUACGAAGAAGAAUUUGAUGCUUUCUUCAGAGAGGAAACCCCUGUUACACACCUUUACUUUGGGCGUGCAGUAAGCAAAGCAAUGUUGGGUCGUAUUGGCAUGAAUUGCCCGAGGCUAAUUGAGCUGGUUGUGUGUGCUAAUGGACUUCAGCCUUUGGACGAUGAACUCAUGCGGAUCGCCGAGCGCUGUAAGAACUUAACAGCAAUGGGGCUUGGUGAAUGUGAAGUCACUUGCAGAGGUUUUAUUGAAUUUGUAAAGAUGUGUGGAGGCAGGCUUACCCAGCUUUCUAUAAUGGAGGAGGUACUGAUUCCAGAUAAUGAUUACAGCUUAGACCGACUUCAUUUGGAAGUCUCCAAACACCUUGGAAGAAUGUGGUUUCCUGAUAUGAUGCCAACAUGGUGAAUUCUCUACAUUGGUGGGGAAACUGGUAGAAUCAGGGUGUUGCUUUCUAUGCAGUUAAAGAAUUUGAAAAAUGAAAUGUGAAAUCUUAUUUCCAGAUUUGAGUUUUUCUACCUUGACAACCUCUAGUAGUGUAACAGCAAAACAUUCUAGAAUGUUAAUGGCAUAUUGAAAUAGAAAACAGAUUAAAUGGACUUAGCACUUCUCAAAGUAUGUCUGUGGUUUACAGACUUCAGUGAACUUGAGCUCCUCUGAGCUUCAGUUUAAGUGUUCCAUUCACAUUAAAGAUUUUUUUUUCAU